GCGCGCACCGAGACGAAGUUUCGUUCGUGAGAUCGUGGAAUCUGAAUGGUAGAAAACGGAUUGGAACGCGUGUGAUACCGUGGCCGCGCGGUAUCGGGGAAUGCGUACGAGGUGGUACGGAAACCGACUAUCACGGGUUUAUACCGGAUAAAUCUUGUUUCUUCCUGCGUGCGAAGCGUUCUCCGUCGCAAUCGCACCCGGUGAACCCGGUGCCGGCCGUCUUUCUUGGCGAGUCCGAUCGGCCGGCGUUGUCAGUCAGACACAGCCCAAGCCUAAAGUCCCAUCCACACCGCCUGCGCCUGUCGGGCCCGCGACGUGUCGUUGGUGGGGAACACGGGCCCACGCGGAUCAGGCCGCGACAGCUUCCCGCAGUGGUUCUCAAAGUUCUGUACUCGCCACGCUGUUUAGAGGAAGUGAAGAUACUUUGGCGCGCUUUCGAAGGAACUCAAGAUAUUUUGGCGCGGUUUUAGAGGAACUGGAGACAUUUUGGCGCGUAUUCGGAGGAAGUAAAGCAUAGUAAAAUGAAUGAAACUACUUUACCCCCUUCACCAAAUUGGUAUUUAAGCAAUAUUCUAGCUUGUUCUUUUAAUGGAACUGUUGCAUGGGGUGCUAGAAAUACAAUUGUUGUCGUUAAAUCUAAUCAAAAUGAAAAAGCAUUACAGUAUUCCAUAAUACAACAUGCUCACAAAAACAGGGUGACUUGUAUUGCUUUCACUCCUGAAUUUGAGGAAGCAAACAAUAACUUAAUGGCUUCUACAGGAGAUGACAUAAUUAAAGUAUGGGAUUUAGAAACAUUAUCUGUAGUUUAUAAUUAUUCUUUCGAAACAGGUAAACAAGCUAUAGGCGUAGAUUGGUCUUAUAAAACUCCUUUCUUAUUAUAUUCGGCAAGUUCUGAUGGAUACAUAUUAUCAUGGAAUGUUCAUUUUAACGUUACCUCUAUCAUCUCAUUGGGAAAAGUAGCACCUACUUGUAUUUCUUCUUGUCCGCAUCAUUCUCACCUUGUGGCAAUAGGAUCUAAAAGUGGCUUAGUUUAUAUAGUUAAUUUUGAAGGAAAAGGAACAAUAACAUAUAAAUUAAGAGGACAUGAUACAGAGAUCGUUAGUUUGUCUUGGUGUCCUUCAGAACGUAAUGUGAUAAAUGGAAAUCAUAAUAAAGACUUACUUUUAGCAUCUGGCGGGAAAGACAGAUCAAUUUAUAUUUGGAAAGCUGGUGGAGAUGGACGUUAUGAAACAAUGAUUUCAUUGCCUGUGAAUCCCAUUGAUACUCGUCAACACAGAAGUAAAUUAAAUUCAACUGUAGGUAACUGGAUUACUAUACGUUGGAUAGAACCUAAAUUAUUGCUUGCAAGUUCCUUGUGGGGUGAAUUAAUUUCUUGGGAUUUAUCAAUAAUGACAAAGGGCAAACCUACUUGCAAAUUAAUACAUGCGUGUCAUAGUAGAGGUUUGUUUUGUAUUGCACAUAUAUCAAAUCUACAAGAAAAUCUGCUAGAAGAUUGGAGAAUCAAAAACAGACAUAAAAUUUGGACAUUGGCACAAGAUCGCAGAGUUAUUUGCUGUACAAUAGAAGAAAAUAAUGUUGAUAUAGAAUAUGACAUUUACACACAAGGUGGAUACAUAUAUUGCAUUGCAGCUUGUCCGUUAGAUACUUCACAUAUUGCAUUUGGAGUAGGAGAUUCAAUGAUACGAUUAUGGAAUUUAUCAGAAGCGCAUAUUAAUUCUUUUGAUAUAACAAUUUUAUGGCAAAAAAUUAUGGGGAAGAUUCGUGCAAUAUCAUGGCAUCCUGAGAAAGAAAACUUGUUAGCAUAUGCAACUGAAGAAGGUCGAAUUGGUGUUUUUGAUACAAAUGGUAACAAACCACCUACUUUAUACAGACAAUAUCAUAGAAAUACAGUAUAUACCAUUCAUUGGGGUCCACAUCCAGAGAGUAAGCAGCAUGUUUUGUACUCCUGUGCUGAAGGAGAAUGUGUAUAUUAUGAUCCUGUGAAACCAAAUCAAGAACCUACAUCUAUAUUUAAAAAAGAUUGUACAGAAUUCACUUGGAAGCCAGAUUUUUCAUGUUUAACAGUAGGAUUUGAGAAUGGAUCAAUUUCAUUUCUCAAUCGGAAGUUCGAACUGUGUGGGUUUGCUAAAUUUUCUUCUGCCAUGGUGCAUUGUUUAGUGUGGCAUCCAGAGAGUACAGCAACAGAUUCAACAUAUUCUCCACUAAGAAAUUAUUUGGCUGUUGCUUUUGAGUCGCCCACAAUAAUGGUCUUUGACUUAUCCAAUUUUAUAAAUCAUUUAACAAAAUUAACAGAUCCAGCUGAAAAUGAUAAUGAAAAAAAAUGUGAGGCUUACAAAGUACACGAAGUUGUAGCUACCUUAACUGGGCAUGUUAAAAAUGUUGUUUGUUUAGCAUGGAAUCCUUAUAUUAGUGGACAGUUAAUAUCCGGUAGUUAUGAUUCUACUGCACAAGUAUGGAAUGUGGAAACGCAAGAAUUAAUAGCCACUUACAAAGGUCAUACUGGUCCUAUACUGUGUUGUAUGUGGAGUCCAUUACAUUCUGAUUAUAUCAUAACAGGCUCAAUAGAUUUUACUGUACAAGUGUGGAAAGUUACAUGCAAUAAUGCCAUAACUCCACCAGAAGUAUUACAUAAAAAUCCAGUUAAAAAAAAUAAAAAAAAUCAGAUUAAAACAAAUAAAGCCACUGAUCCUUCACUUAAUAAUGGUAUAACAGAAUUGACUAAUGCCAUCUCAGAGUGUUCAGUUUCGAAUGUUUCUCAAUAUCCGCAAAAAUCAAAAGCGUUAUCAAUGAAAGAAGUAAAAAAGAAGAAAGGCGAAAGAACACCAUAUUUUGCUAAAAGUACUAAAAUAAUGAAUAAUAAAACACAUUUGCUUAAUUCUCUUAUAAAUAUUUCAAAGAAUGUAAAAUAUGAAAAUGAAAACAUUGAACAACAUCAAGAUACAUAUUAUAUGCAACCAUUAUUGUUUUCGUCAAAAGAUAAUUUCAUGUCAUUUCUUACCACCGACAAAAAUGCUCACAUAGAGGAACGAAGACAUAAUGUAGUUACAGAGAUGGAUGUAUGGUGUGAUAAUCUUAAACAAAAUUUAGAUGAAGCUGCCAAAGAAAAUCGCCUCAAUGACUUUCUCGUUUCACUUUCAGCUAGUUUAUCUAUGAAAACAUGGAAAGAAAUGUGUGAAUUAUAUGCAUAUCAAUUAAUAAACGAGGGCAACCCUUAUAAAGCAGUAUCCUACUUACUUUGUAUACAUAAAACGUACAAAGCAAUAGAAGUGUUCCAGAAUGUAAAUUUACACAAAGAAGCAUAUGCUCUCGCAAGAUGUAAACUUGAACCUGACGAUCCAAUUCUAAUCGAUAUAUUACAAAACUGGGCCAAAUAUACCGCGCACGUUGGCUGCUUUGAAGAAGCAGCAUACAUUUACAUUAAAUUGGGAGAUUUUCCUAAUGCAGUAAAAUAUCUUGCGCUGCGUAAAGAUGCAAAUACUCUGACAACCGCAGCUGAAAUUGCAGUUUUAUGUGAUGAUGAUAAUCUUAGCAAAUCUUUAGCUGAGGAAGCAUCAAUUGUAGCUUUAAAAAAUUUACAAUAUGAUUUAGUUCGAGAUAUAAUCACAAAGUUUGAACAUCUUAAGUAUCGAGAAAUACAUAUAAUAGUUUUCGAAGAACUUCAGAAAGUAAUUGAAAGGAAUGUAACAGUCGAAACAGUUCAAAUGUGGUUAAAUGGAGAAUUGAAUGAUGGUGUAUUGCGUGCUUUAGAAACAACUUGUAAAGAUUAUUAUUCUUAUUACAACGAUUUAUGUCAAGGAAAUUUCUGCAGUACUUUUGAAGAUGAGCAGAUGUUAUGGUUAGCUGUUAGCUACAACAUUGCAUUGGCAAUCAUUUCUCCUGAAAAACAACAGCAAUUAAAACACAUUGUUACUGCAUUAAGUAACAUUGCACAAUUCGAAACAUUGAAUCGAAAAAAUUUAAAAAAUCAGUAUAAUGUCUUAAUGGAAAUUAUUGUAAAGUUGGAUACUAAAGAUCCAACAAAUAUGGAAAGUAUUUAUACAAAAACUGAUUAUCCUGUGUCGAUUAGUUUACGAGCAUAUUUAUGCUAUGCUUUUUUGAACUGGCUUGUAGAUAAUAUAGAUGAAGAGACUGUUAACGUGAAUAUACACGUUUACAUCAAUUUAAUAGAAAACUUGAUUGAGGAUGUUCUAAAUAAACAAAUAGUGAAACAAUGCUCAAUAAAAAAUGAAAUUACAAAACUAGAACGUCAAGUAGCAUCUGCAUUGUGUAAAACACCAAAGGACGAUAUAAAUGAGGAAAAUGCAGAACUUCUUGUCCAAAAACUGAAUAUGUUAAAAAUUGAAAAGAAGCAACUUCUGGAUGAAGUAGUUUGUGUUCCUAAUCCAGUUAUGGUAUACAGCAAAGCAAACGAAUUGGGCAGUAAAUUGUUGGAUGAAACUCUUAAAACUAAGUUUCUGAAUGUAGUUUCUGAAGCAUGGACAAAAGCCACCUCAGAAGUAAAAUUUUAAACGCGCUUAAUUUUUCUAUAAAUAAUGACUCAACAGAUAGGACGUUUCUUAUUGGAUUAAUCGAUACAAGUACAAAAAGAUUAAGACAUAGAUUCCUCACUACACUUACAUAAUUAAAAAAUUAUGUAACUCGUUUGACAAUAUAUCCAACUUCUGAUAAGGAUAAAUUAGAAAAAUAGGAGUUAUUUAUAUAAAUUAACUGUGUUACAAAAUUUUUUAUUUUAAAAAAAUAAUACAAUAUAUAACAAAUUAUUAGUGUUUUUUAAUUCAGACUUACUUUCCAAAAACGAAUCUCUCUAUCACUUGCAGCACAAAUAUAUGGCAACUCAUAAUGCCAUGUUAUUCCACCUAUCAAUUUAACUUGUCCGCAUAGUAUUUGUUCGUUAGAUUUUAUAUUCCUUACUUUUAAUAAAUUAUCUGGUCUACCAAUGGUUGCUACUAAGUGAUCGUAAGCAAGAGAAAAUUUUACUAUUAAUCCACCUUCAAUAUGAAGGGGACUCGAUUCUUGAGGUAAACUAAAAAUUAAAGAAAAUACAUGUUUAAUGUAAAACAACUAUUGAUCAAAUAAUUUUCUAUAGUUUAAAUUUAUUCAAGUUACCUAAGUUUAGAUAUAUCCCAUAGAAGUAAUUUCCCUGCAGCUAUACCAGCUAUUUUGAAAGGAUUAGAUCCCCAAUCAACUGACAUUAAGGGAACAAUAUCUGCAUCAAGGGACAUAAUUGCUUGUUGACUUCGUACAUCAUACAUGUGAAUCAAUCCAUUUUUUUCUCCUACAAGGAGUUUGCCAGGUUUUUCAGAGUGAAAACGUAUAGUCAUGCCAGGUGAUGUUAAAUUCAAUGUAGAAAUACAUCUUCCUUCUUCGUUGACUGCCCAGAGUUUACACGUAUGAUCAUCAGAUACAGAAGCUAAUAUUUCACCUUCAGUUUCGUAACAAAUUGAAUUUACAUAGUCCUUGUGCCCUUCC